AUGAGGGCCAUGUUCAGACACACGAGGCUGCUCCAGCCACUCGGGAUUCGAGCCCCGACGCCUCUGCGGCCCCAGUUGCGGUGCUUCACCUCCAACAUCGCACAUGAUGUAUCUGGUGCCGAGAUCUCGGCUCUGGCCAACCUGCCCCAGCAUCCUCUGAGCUUGGCCGAUCUCGUAAGGCAAGGUAGACCGCCGUUAUCCGAACGAUCGCUUCUCGCGUCGGCCAACUUCACCCUCUCUCUUAUUCCGAUUCGCCUUGCACAUCGCCUGCAGGCCCUCCAGAACCUCCCGUACAUUGUUGUAUCUAACCCCAACAUUUCUCAAAUCUACAACAACUACCUACACUCUCUAUCCAUCCUCCUCCCCUACUGGCAAGCUGCCUCCAAAGGCCGAGCCAUCACAACACUCGACAACGAAAUCAAAUUCACAAAUGCUCUCGCCGAGCUGGUCGCUACCCAUACCGACACCAUUCCGGUUCUUGCUAAAGGCUUCCUCGAGUGUCGCAAAUACAUCUCCCCAGAGGAGGUUACACGCUUCCUAGACGAGCACCUCCGCGCCCGCAUUGGCACUCGCCUCAUCUCGGAGCAGCACAUUGCCUUGCACUUCAGCAGCCAGCCUCAUUUCGACCCCGGCGCGAGUCCCACGCCAUGCCCCGAGCACCCGACGUACAUUGGCGUUAUCGAUACCGCCCUGAAGCCUGCCUUGAUAGUUGAAUCGUGUGCGGGCUUUGUGGCUGACAUCUGCGAGCUCAGAUACGGCAUACGGCCAAAGCUAAUUAUCAAUGGCGAGCCAGAAACGACCUUUGCUUUUUUGCCAAUGCAUCUAGAGUACAUAAUCACAGAGCUCCUCAAAAACGCCUUCCGAGCAUCCAUAGAAAGCAAAUCGAACGAGCCCAUUGAGGUCACCAUCGCCCCCGAGCCACCGCUGAAGCUUCAACCUGGUGGUGCUCCCGAGAUCAAGACUCCGUCUGAGGACUUGGGAGUCUUUAAGAGCGACGCAAUCAAGCCCCUGGAUGACAAUGCCCCAGGUGUGACGAUCCGCAUCCGGGACCGAGGCGGCGGCAUUCCUCCAGACGUCCUCCCCAACAUCUGGUCCUACUCGUUCACCACCUUUUCCGAGGACGACGAUGUCCCUGGUUCUACCGGGAACGACGGGCUCGGUGCGAUUGCAACGGCUAGCACCGGGGGAAGCUCGAUUGCCGGUCUGGGAUAUGGUCUGCCGCUGAGCAGGGCAUAUGCCGAGUACUUUGGUGGCGGCAUCGCCGUCCAGAGUUUAUACGGCUGGGGAACAGACGUCUACCUCCGCCUAAAGGGAGUUGGGAAAGUCGACAAGAAGUGA